AAUCACAAGUUCACUUUCUUCGUGUGCCUUAAUUUCAAGGGUAGUGAAAGUGACAAAAAAACAGAAUACAAAACCCAUGGGCGGUCACCUUCAUGUUGGCCAUGAAAAUGUCAACCCACAUGGAGUAUAUAUGCUAUGACAAUGAUUAUCACAUGGUUGAGUAAUGAAAUACUAAUAUUACAAAGAUGCUUCGAAUGAUAGGCAUUUUGCUGGUAUCCUCUCUUUUUCACACCAUCUACGCCCAGGAGCAGGCCGAACAUAGAAACUUCCAAUACCAGUCAGCAAUAGAUCCUCUAACAGGUCGUUAUAAUUUCGCUUACGACACUGGAAACGACAAUAACAUUGCCCAUUCCAUGCACAUGCAGUAUCAAGACGCAGAUGGCAUGGUUAGAGGAAGAUAUGGUUACACUGAUCCAAGAGGAAAGUUGAGGAUGGUAGAGUACGAAGCAGGACCUGAUGGUUUUAUAGCCAGAGGAGAUGUUGGUGUAGACAUGGCUUUACAUGACAACACUCCAGUAGUAAGCUCAGAGAGUCCAAUCUCAUCUUACAGAGAAGGAGAUUUUCUUCUGGAUCCUGCUCCUGUGCAGAUGGCUGGUUGGGAUCCAGAAGGAAAUCCUAUGGGUACAAAUGUCGCAGGUAAUCCACAAAAUGUUGAAACUGCUACGAGUGCACCUGAAUCGGAAAAUGCGGAUGUAUCCUAUAUAAACCCUUUUGACAGGAGUCUUUUUCCUGGAUUUCCAUCAUUAAAUGUUACGAGUAACAAUCCUAUUACUGUCAACGAUCCUAGUUCUGCUGGUUAUGAUGAACGAUAUCCGAGAAUAUUGUACUCAGCGGUCGAAUCUCCUGAUGAACCUCAGACUGAAAGUGAAGCUUAUAGAAGUGUUGAUAAUCAGCCGAUGAAUUAUAAUCAAAACAGCAACUUGAAUAUCAACAAUAUAGAUGUCAAUCCUGAGGAAAUCCGUAAAGCAGCUGGAAGUGAUACAGUUCAAAAUACUGCUGAAGCUAGUAGUAAUACAGUAUCUGAAAGAGUACAGAGACAAGUAAGCACUCCGGUCAAAGUGACUACUUCUGAUGGUAGAAGAUUAUUCUACAGGGAUAGUCAUAGUAUGGAACCACAUGAACAUUACUACUAUGGGCCAAAUCACGAUCACGAUUCCGAAACUAGGUACUAUUAUCGUCCUAGACAGACCCACGAUCACGACUCAGAAAGACGAUACUAUCGAACUUAUUAUCGUCCGCGACAAACUCAUGAUCAUGAUAAUGAAAGAAGAUAUUACAGAACUUAUUAUCGCCCUAGACAAACCCAUGAUCAUGAUGCUGAACGAAGAUAUAGACAAACUCAUGAUCAUGAUGCUGAAAGGUAUAAUUAUUACCGGAAAGUCUACAGAAAUGGUAGAACGUUGUAUAUUGAUAGACAUAGCAAGGUACCUCAUGCUCAUACUUCAGAUGCUUAUCAAAAUGAUCAAGAUCAUCAACAUUCUGAUGUUCACCUGUAUGCAAGAUAUAGGAAUUCCGAAUAUCCAGCUACAGCCAAACCUAGGCAAUUGCAAUAUAUUCCAUCUGACCGGUACCACGACAAGGAUUAUUAUUGGACAUAUUCAUAAGGUUUAUGAGAUUUCGCUCAUGUACAUUGAAAUAUUUUUGUUCGUCUAAUAUGUU